GAAGGCGUGUUUGGAAUCGGAAAUGGCUUUACGUCGUGCGUGACGUCAGUCUUAACAAGCGGAUUCUGAACCAAUCAUAAGCCCCGUUCUCUUGCCGUUGACGAAUGAGAGAUAUCGUAGAUUUUUAAAUGUGCGAGUUUAAAAAAAAAAAAUUUUUUUAAAGCUACUGAUAUUUGUGAGGAUUCAGUGACGAGUCAUGUUUGUUUAAUCCCAACAGAAUAGUUAAUUAUUCUGAAAGAAAACCCGUGUCGAGUUUAGGAAAUAACUAACUGUGGUUGGACCAACUGAAAUGGCAAAAGGCAAGAAGAAAACACGGACCGUCAGGCUAAUAGUCGAGGAACCACAGAAGAACAAUAUCGAAAAAGAAACUAAAGAAAACGAACACGAUCUGAAAACGACUCGCCAAGAGCAGUUAACAGUAAAUUCCGAUAAUCUUCGUUCUCAACUUCGCAACAGCCCGCUUUUUCCUAUUCAAGAGGAAAAUUCAUCCUGCAGCACCCACAAUGCAAGCAAACACCAAGUAACACUUGCAGUCGACCUGCAUUUACCUAAAGAAGAAAAUAAAGGGACACAGAUCAUUAGGUCUUCUGGACCUAAAGAGAAGCAAUCUCAUGAAGAUAAAAGCUCUGCUACAGUCCUUCCAAACAAAUCUGAAGAUGGGACUCAUGCUAAAAUCAAAGUCUCACACAAAAAAGCAGAAGUCAAAACUUCUCAACAAAACCGGAAGGUCACUGAUUAUUAUCAAAUUAGAAAGAGCGCUAGAAAAAGUAAAGCUGAACUGAAGAGUGAAGAGCAACGUCACAUUGAUGACCUAAUCUUAAACAAUGUGGAAGAUGGACUCAAGGUUAAAUAUAUUGACGGAAAAGGACGGGGGGUUUUCGCAGACAGAGAAUUUAAUAAAGGUCAAUUUAUUGUGGAGUAUCAUGGGGAUUUGCUUCAGAUUUCUGAUGCCAAGAGAAAAGAAGCACAGUAUGCUCAAGACCCUACAAAAGGCUGCUACAUGUACUACUUCCGCUACAAGAACCACACUUACUGUGUGGAUGCCACUAAAGAAACCGAGCGACUAGGGAGGCUGAUCAACCACAGCAAAAAUGGAAACUGCCAGACGAGAGUGCAUAACAUAAAUGAUGUACCUCAUCUCAUUUUGGUGGCAUCCAGAGACAUUAAAGCAGAAGAGGAACUACUUUAUGACUAUGGCGACCGUAGUAAAGAAGCCGUUGCUGCUCAUCCUUGGCUCAAGUACUGACGUCAUGUUUCAUCAUUGUAAUCCCUACCUCAAAUAUGAGAAAUCUGGGAGAAAAUUGAGUUCUUUGCCAUGUGAUUGCCUUAUAUUUAAUAUUCUGGAAUCACCAUUCCCUGUUGUACCUUGACCUAUUCUUCUAUUUAUGUUUUUAACAUAAUAUUUUUGUGACAUUUUAAAAUCUUUUUUAAAAAUAGGCUAUUAAGAUUUGUAAUUUUUUUUUAACCAUUUCAGUGCAAGCAGAUUUUCAAGAAUUCUUUUAGAAUCUUGUUUUAUCAUACUAUAUUCGAGUUGUGUACUAAUCAUGUCACAUAUCUGUGUUUUGGUUCUACACAAUUUUGAGACGCAUUUAUUCUGCGUAUGAAUAAUAAUUAACUUCAGCUUGGGAACAGUAACUAACACACACACACACACACACACACACACACACACACAGGUGUGUGUGAGGAGCAAUGUUUUAUCUUAGGAUUUUUAUUAUUCCCCCCUUUAAUGGGGUGUGGUCCAGCUGAAUGAAUAAAGAACCUUAGAUUUCUCUCUUGCUGUAUUGCUAUAAAAUUUCCGGUAUUUAAAUCAUUCCCGGGGGCUUUUAAGAUAAGUAAGCAUGACAUGACUACAUGUUUAUCUGUGGGGUUGUGUGUAUUGUCAGGUCUGAUUUGUGGAUUCUGAUGACUACAAAAUUCAGUGAUAUUACAAUUUGGGUUUCUAUUUUCUAAAGCACAUAACUCCACCUGACCACUUGAAGGAAUACAAUCAAUGAUUUGUGAAACAUUUCAUUGUCUGUAUUUAUUUGUAUAUAAAAUAUAGAACAUAUAUUACAUUGAAAUUGUAAUACCAUGAUAAUUUGAUCGAUAGACCUAUAGCUGAUGGAAUUGGUAAGCUAUCUUUCUGUCAACUUUUUCAUUAUCUUUCAUCAACCCUGACCUUAGGUGGAGUUCUGCCGCAGUCAGCCAGUUUCCUUUUGGCCUAGAUGUGGGUCACAUAAACUGCUGUCCUCUGGCACGCACAUGGAAAUGAGUGUCAGUGGUCUAUUCUAAUUGUUAGAAUGUUUGCCUAACACCUCCAGGGUUGAGGGUUUGAUUCCUGCUGCUGUCUUAUGUGUGCAGAGUUUCCCCUCCCCAAGUGCGGUCGACCAACAAAGAUCACUCCAAGAGUAAAACAUAUAAUAGUCCAUGUCAUCAUAAAGGAACCCAGGGUAGUUUCUAAGCAAGUAAAGGCCUCUCUCACAUUGUCUAGUGUUCAUGAGUCCACCAUCAGGAGAACACUGAACAGCAAUGGUGUGUAUGGCAGGGCUGCAAGGAGAAAGCCUCUGCUCUCCAAAAAGAACAUUGCUGUCCCUCUGCAGUCUGAUAAAGAUCACAUGCACAAGCCCGAAGGCUAUUGGAAAAAUGUUUUUGAAAAAGAAAACUUUUUGCUUUAAAUGAGAAGCAGACAGGAAGUGGGUCAUUCAAGACAAUGACCCUAAGUACACAAGUCAUUCUACCAAAGAAUAAAGUUAAUGUUUUGGAAUGGCCAAGUCAAAGUCCUGACCUUAAUCCAAUAGAAAUGUUGUGGAAGGAUCUGAAGCAAGCAGUUCAUGUGAGGAAACCCAGCAACAUCCCAGAGUUGAAACUGUUCUGUACUGAGGAACGGGCUAAAACUCCUCCAAGCUGAUCAAUAGUUACUGGAAACAUUUAGUUGCAGUUAUUGCUGCACAGUUAUUAUUGAAAGCAAAGGUUCACCUACUUUUGCCACUCACAAAUAUGUAAUAUUAGAUAAUUUUCCUCAAUAAAUAAAUGAUCAAUAUAAUAUUUUUGUCUGAUUUGUUUUAUCUGGUUCUUUUUUUUUUUAAAUCUACUUUUAGAACUUGUGUCUAAGUCAUAUUUAUGCAGAAAUAUAGAAAAUUUUAAAUGGUUCACAAACUUUGACUACUGUAUUAAAAUAACUCACAUCAAAUGAUAAACAAAGAUUUUAAAUUCUUUAACCUGCCUGGUAACAUUUUCAAUCCUUCUGUUUUCAUUAAAGAAAUUGUAUUUCAAUAA